AACAAGUGGUGAUGGAUGAGCUUGAAGGCUGAAGGAGAGAAGAAGAAGAUAAAACAAGGAAGGAUGCCCUGCCCUAAUAUCAUUAUAUCAAUGAAUCCUAAAUGAUCUUCAAUACCAAUAUGGCUCUCAAUUUUCCCAGAUUAUCAUUGCUAUUAUUAUUCCCACAAAAUUCAAAUUCGAAUUCAAGUAGGAUGAUGAGGAGGAGGAUUAUUAUGAGUUUUCAUAGAAAGCCCAAUCCCAAGCAGAGGCCCCCCCUCAAUUGCUGCAUCCCACUUCACCAACAGCAGCAGGAGGAGGAGGAGGAGGAGGAGGUGGAUGUUGGGGUUAUGUGUGAAUGCUGCAGUGGGAAAGGAUGGGUCAUUUGUGACUUCUGCAAAGGCCAAAAGAUUAAUGUCAGAGGAGGAGACCCAAACACUAGUAAAAGGUUUUACAGAAGAUGCCCUUCUUGCAGAGCUAUUGGAUUGGUGAUUUGCACAGAAUGCAAAGUCUACAGAUGCGUCACCUUUCCAGAUCAAACUGAUUGAAAUCAUCCACCACUCUUAUUAUUAUUAUUAUUUUGAUUCAUGGCAUGCAUAAAUGCAUUGCUAUUUGCUCA